UUUCGAGACUUUACCUGUAUGGCUUGAAAAGGCUAGAGAGGUUCGAACAACAGGAAAUGUUGAGGAUGUCAACAUGAAAGUUGAUAAAAAUGUCAAAACAUCAGAUGACAGUUAGCAAUCAGGAAGCUGUCAGCCUUCCAAGUAAACUGACAGAUGUGGGAACAUUCUCCUAUUCAUGUCUUUGUGGAGUCUCACUACUUCAGCUGUUUAAUGAUGACUGGAACAGAGAAUUCAAGAAGGCUGCCAUAGAAUCUAUCUUGGUUCAUUUACAGUUACCAUCACAAGCACGUGACUCUGUUAAAGCCAUCACAGAUGGAGAAGGUGUUGAUGAUCCUAAACCAUAUGCAGAUAUUCUUCUGACUGAGUCAUGUUUAAAUGGCAGUGGUGUACCUGUUGUUACUGACCUGGUAACCUUCUCCCUACUCAGUGGGCGAUAUGACUCGAGAAUGAGGACAUUGAUAAAGCAUGUUGCCUGGCAUUUGAGAGUUAGCUGGGAUCAUAUAGAGGAGAUAGAAACUGUAUUGGCAGAAACAUUAGAAGCAAAGCAGUAUGAAAUGUCAGAAGAGGAAGAAACUGAGAAGAAAAAGAAAUCCAGAAACUCAAAAAUAAAAAGAUAUGCUUUGAUUGGCAUAGCAACUGUUAGUGGUGGUGCUUUAAUAGGUUUGACAGGAGGACUAGCCGCUCCACUUGUAGCAGCAGGGGCCUCUGCCAUUAUUGGAGGGGCAGGAGCAGCUGCUUUGGGUACAACUGCAGGUGUGGCCAUCAUAGGAUCCCUUUUUGGGGUAGCAGGGGCUGGUCUUACAGGUCACAAAAUGCAUAAAAGAUUUGGUGCUAUUGAAGAGUUUUGCUUUGAGCCAAUGAUAUCUGGUGGUGCCUUACAGAGAGCUUCUAUGGCUAAACAGUUACAUGUUACUAUUGCUGUCACUGGCUGGCUGUCUCACACAAUGAAAGAUGUAAAGAUUCCGUGGAAGAAUCUGGCAGAAUCACAUGAACAGUAUUGUUUACGAUAUGAAUCUAAACAUCUCUGUAUCCUUGGUGAUGCCUUUGAACUGUUUUUAAGUGGAGCUGUUUCCAUGGCAACUCAAGAGGCAUUAAAAUAUACACUUCUCUCAGGGAUAAUAACUGCUAUAGCCUGGCCAGCGACUCUGAUAUCUGCUGCUAAUAUUAUUGACAAUCCAUGGAGUGUUUGUUUACAGAGAUCCGUCACUGUGGGAAAAGAAUUGGCAGAAACCUUGUUAGCUAGAGAACAGGGAAACAGACCAGUAACUUUGAUAGGAUACAGUUUAGGUGCUAGGGUUAUAUUUCAUUGUUUGGAAGAGAUGGCAAAGAGAAAGUGCUGUGAAGGCAUAAUUGAAGACGUUAUCCUUCUGGGAGCCCCAGUUUCUGGUGAUGCAAAAAGUUGGCAGAACCUGGGCAAGGUAGUGGCAGGAAAAAUCAUCAACGGAUAUUCAAAGGCUGAUUGGUUGUUGAAGUUCCUCUACCGAACCUCAUCAGUACAAUUAAGUGUUGCUGGGUUACAGCCAAUCAAAUGGAACGACAGAAGAAUGCACAACAUAGAUCUCUCAGCAAUUGUCACUGGACAUGGUGAAUACCUGAAACAGCUGGACACAGUCAUGAAAGUUGUUGGGGUCAGAACAAAGCAGGAUAUAGUAGUAAGACCUUUGACCUCUCACACCAUGAUGGCUAGCAGUGGGGACAACCUUGAGAGCUUAACCAGUAGUGAAGAAGAAGAAGAAGAGAGUGAAAAAUCAUCUGAAAAAAAGAAAAAGCAGAAGUCUCAUAAGGACAAAAUGCAACCAAAGAAUUCAACAUCAUGUGAUGCAACCAGUACCCUUCAAUCAGAUCUUAAUACUCAUGAUGAGCAGGUUCAAACUGGAAUACACCAGUUACAGCUAGAUUUACCUUUGAACUUAGACCCAGAAAAAUUUGUCAUGUAUACUGUUAAUCAAAGUCCUGUCAAAGAUUCUAACUUCAAUGAUAAAGCAAUGUUAGAAUCAAGUAGUGCUAAAGAUGAUUCUGUUUCAAAACAGGGGAUUGAUUAUCAAUUAGAUAAAAAUAAUCAAUGUUCAGAAUCAGAAUCAGAACCUACUUUGGAACUUCAACAUCCAGAACCAGUAAAUACUAGUCCAAUACAGCAAGAACUAGUAAAUACUAGUCCAGUCAAGUCAGAACCAGUAAAUACUUGUCCAGUCAAGUCAGAACCAGUAAAUACUUGUCCAGUCAAGUCAGAACCAGUAGAAACUAGUCUAUACAAGACAAAUGAACUAUCUUGUGCAGAUGAUACUGAUGAUAUAAAAGUUCUUUCACUAGAUUCAGAUACCAGUAAGAGUUCAACAAAUGAUAAAAUCCAGGAGAUUGAUGUAAGUCAAAUUGAAAACAACAACCUCUAAAACAAAGAUAUGGAAAGCUUUGAAAUCCUUGGAAAUGUUUCUGAUAAAUCGUAAUAUUUACGUCAUGUGAUGAAGUAGCAGACUGAAUUAUACUUAACUUAAGCAUUACUUAUGUUUUUUGAAAGUAUUGUUAUUUUUAUGUUGCUACUUUAAGCAGAAUGCUUAGUAAUAUGAAAAAUUACGAAACUUUGAAUUAUUUGAAAUUAUCAAUUUAAGUACAUAGGUCUUAAAAUGGAAAGCAACAAAAUGAUCUGUAGAAAAUUACGAGUUUGUUCGACACUGUCAAAUAUGAAAAUUUAUGAAUUACCAAGAUUAAUAUUUGAUGAUUUGCAUGAUGAAAAACUAAAAAAAUCAUUUAACAAUUUUCAUUAGUUAACUUAUUUUCUUUCAAGUUGUGAAUUAUAUUGUAAAUUUAUCUAGAGCUAUAUAAGACAAGGUAUUGGAACUGAAACUGCAAUGUUGAGCCUAGGUGAAUCAAGUUUAAGGUCACCAUGAGCAAGCUAUAUUACCUGAACAAUGUGGAUUUACGUAUCUAAUAAUUUUUUAAAUAGCUCUUGAUAAAACUUGAAUUGAAAAGACCAUUUGCAAGAAAGUUGGUGAACAUAUGUUUGCUUUAUGCUAAUGCAACUUAAAAAAAAUCCUAAUCUGGUUUGCAGGAAGUUUGAUUCAAACACAUUUUGAAGCAUGUAUUAAAUGUGUAAAAUGUUCAAUUGAUUUAUUUUUGUGUCUGCUUGCUGUCAAUCACACCUAUGUUCAGCUCAAAAAAGUGCAUUUUGAAUUUUGACUAAAAAUAAAAUUUCAAUUUCAAUUCAUCAAAAUUCAAGUUAUUGACACAAACUCUGUAUAUAUAAUUAAUUUGUAUUUUACUUUGGAAAUACAUUUCAUUUAUCAAAAAGGAUUAUACAAUGUUUUGAACUUGUUUUAGGUAAAAUUUUGUUAUUUAAAUGUCUUGUCAAAAUGCCAAUUUUACCAUGACCCUACAGAGUUUUUUUUCAAAAGGGGAUAUAGCAUUUUAUACAUUCAUGUUGGCAAUAACAAGUUAUAGAGGAAUGAUUCUAUCAGGGCACACAUUUUGGUAACAAGCCAAGGUUUAGGGAAAUUUUUGAUCCCAUGAAUUCAUUUUUUACUUAUAGUAAAUCUCAGGAAGGUUGAUAUUGAGAUUCAGAAAGUCAUAGAAGGAUUUUGGCUGUCUUCACAUUUUGUACCUUUGUAAUGCACAUAAAACUUGCAUACUUUUCCUUAUUUCUUGAUACAGUUUUCACACAAUUUGAAAGUUAGAAAAAAAAUAAUGUUUUACUAUAUUUUAAUAUGUAAUUUAUUAAAGAGAUUCACUUUUUUGAUAAAAUAGUUUGGUGAAUAAUUAGCUAUAAAAUGUACAAAUGAUGUAGUAAAAGAAAUAUGAAUUUAUUAUUGUUUUCUGGAUGCCUUUUACACAACUAUCAUAUUAAGGAUAAUGUUCGCUCCUCUCGUUUUGGAAUUUCUGUCAGAUAUUCGGAUUCCUCUGGUUUUAUCCCUGUAGUGCCAUUAAAACAUUUUGCCCGCUAACCCCUACUUUUCUUUUCAUAAUAUUAUUACAUAUAGUUUUAUAGCUAUAUUCGAAAAUCUUAUGAAAUCCUUGUUAUUUUUUCAUAGUUUUUGAAAGAAAAAAGUUGCCAAUGUUAAAUGUAUGAAAAAUCUAGAGAGAAUUAUUUCCCGCCAAAUUUUCCAUGGCUUAUAUCUUGAAAACAAGCACACUGACCCUUCAUUUUUUUCUGCUUUUUUAGUUCCGUUAUUUAUAUACUAUCAAUUUAUAACAGUCUUUUAAAAAGCUUGUUAUUUUGAAACAGAGUAGCGAGCAUCCUUAACACCUUUAAUAUUCUGUACAAUACAUAGUUGUUAUUCUGAAAAUUAAAUGUUUGAAUAUUAAAACUAUUUAUUGGGAGUAAUUUAAUUAUCUGAAGUCAUCCAUUAAAAUGUAAAAUAAGCAGUAUGUAGUAUGUUGUAUUUGCAUUACUGUAAACAUCCAUUUCAUAGACAUUUUCCUAGCAUCCAUUGAAUGGGCCUUUUUUAUAUAUCAUACAUUAUGUAUUUACACUGUUAAAUUAUCUGUGAUAAAAUGCUUUAAAUGCCUUCUACAGUACGCACAAAAAUGAGACUAUUUAAAGUACUCUUGUUGGUGUGUGGAUUGAGUCACUGACUAUAUGAAAGAAGGUGAUUGUUGCGAAUUGAAGUUGACAACGCACUAAUUUCAACUUAAUCAUAAAAUAUUACACCGUGGUAAUAUGCAGAGGAAUACAUUAGAGUGUAUCAGAUACAAUCGCCAGCAUUCACUGUGAAAAAUUACUACCAAAAAUUGGUUUAACUUGAACUAAAUCUAAUAUUUGUGUGUCCUAGAUCACUAUUUGCCUUUUGUACACAAUGCAGAAAGAAUACAUAUAUUUAAGUCAUCAGGUACUGUAAAACAGCAUAAUCUAGUUGAUAAUUUUUUUUGAGUUUAGCCCUUUCCACCCGUCUUUGUGGUGAUUUAUUUUCAUGAUUUACAAUUUUAUUGGUGUAUUUGAAUGAGUGACGAUCCUAGUUUGACUCUUUCGUGACAAUUUAUAUUCAUGUUAUGUUUCUGCUUGCGAAAAUAAGUUGGUUUACUGUAUGUAUUUUAUUAUAAGAAUCGUUUGUUACGGAAAAGUGCCUCAGAGUUGCCAAGUCACCUCCAUCUUUCAUUUUAAAGGAACCAUGUUGUUUUUUGUCUAUCCAUCUACUCAUCAUGCUGUUUGUUGGUCUAUGGUCUAUUUGUACUAAUCCUUUAAUUUUGUGUAAACAGUACUUUUUUUUAUCAUACUCUGGAAUCAAUAUUAUUAGUGAUGUACCAAUUUUUGUGGAUUUUGUGGGAAUAGGUGAAUCACAAAUAAAAUGUUUGAUGAAAAAGAAAUUUCCUAAAUCUUUAUGUAUGCAUAAUUUGUCAAAAACAUGAAUUUAAGUAUAUUUACGAAUAUACAAUUUUCCUCCAUCCACGAAAAUUUGUAUCCACAAAAAUAAUUCAUUCCUUAGUAGUGCAGCAAGAUCGCUUCUGUAUAUUUUUAUUUUGUAUUGUCCCACCAACUUAAACAUUUCACGGGUUAUUAGGGUACAUCCAAUAUCAUAGAUUUUUUUGUCUUAUAUCAUGUUUAUAGGAAGAAUUAAGGAUGUGUAAGUGCUAUUUUCCAACAUUUUUUGUUUGGAACACUAAAUUUUAGGAUUUUUGAUAAUGUCCUUUUCAGAAUAAAUAUUAUUUAUAUGCCAUUGCUAUAUUGAUAUUUUGUUGCAUAAGCAUCUACAUUUUUGUUUUUUAAGGAGAGUAUACAAAAAAAUGUGUCUGCUACAGGCUUCAAUUUUUUUAACUUUUACAUGGUUUUAAUGUUAAGUUUUUUAUUUGGUAGUUGUUAGAAAGUUCUUAGGAUGGAAAUAAUUAACAUUUGCUGUGUUUAUGGAGAAGUAUCCAUGAUAGGCCAUCCGAUUGCUGAUUUUUAUUUUGCUGCUAAGCAGGAGAGUCAAAUCUCUGGUUUAACAUAUAAACUAAAAGUUUUUUGGGAUACCAAGAAGCUCAUUUUUUUCAUUUGACUGUUUGAUUUUGAUUUGAUGCUGUUCGAAAGGUAUUUUGUUUUUGUAUGUUAAAAAUAUUGCACCAUCUUUAAUAGACCUGUCUAUGCAAAUUAUUUUUGCAUACACUGUCCAAAAUUUAAUGGGAAUUAUUUUUUAAAUUAAUCUCCAUGUUUCCCUAAUGCAGCUUUAACCAAUAUUAAAAUAAGAAGAAACUGUAAAAUGGUUUAUUUGAAAAUGUGACAGUGACAAUGAAAUAUUAUCAUGAUUAUUGUCUACUUCAUGUGAUUGAAGGAUGUUGAAAAUGUCACAGUGAAACCUCUCUAAAGAGACUGUCUCAUUAACCUAUUGACCUGAACUUUUGUAUAGAGGUACUCUUUUAUUAUAUAUAUAUAUUUUUGAAUAAAGAGGAGGUAUGGUAAAAGCUAUUAUUUGGCCCCUGAAAUUUGAAGAAAAUAGUAUAAUUCAUCAAGGUUUUCAAAAUUGUAUUUUUUUUUUAUUUAUGACUUAAUUGGAUGAUAAUGUGAAAAAUUUAGUGCAGAAAUGUCAUUUGUAUUGUGACUGAUGAAUUGCAAUGAUCACCUCAAAUGGCCAUUUAACAGAUAGUUUGUUGAAAAAAUAGGUAUGAAAUAAGGCUUUAAAUAAGACAUCUUGAAGCAAAAUAUAAAUUUUGUAAGGCCUUGGUUCAUAUCUAAAUAUAAAUUACAAGAUCUAAAAGUGAUGCUCUUUUGGCAGUUUUUGCUGUUUUGUAUUAAUUGCGUGAAGUUUGAAGCUGUAGUAAAAAUAUUAACUAUAUGAUUCGAAAUAAGAAUUAUACUUUAAAAGACUUAUGGAAAUCUGAAAAAUGUUGUUUGAUAAAUUUAUAAUACAGAAAUAAGGAAAUCUUGCAUAUUAAAAAAAAAAUUGAAUACUAGGGACCUAUAAAGUGGCCCUAUCAUACCUUCUCCUUCCAUGUUUGUAAAGUGAAAAUCUAUCAAAUUAUCUUCAUGCUUAAAGGUUGAGGCAAGUUUCUCUGUGUUAUUUUUUUUACAAUAGUUGUUUUUAGCUACGCUAUGAAAUGAUAAAUUAGUCUGUUUUAUGUUUUCUUUGAGUGCAAUAUAAUUACCUUUAUUUUUUUUAUAUUAACUGCUUUUCUUUGAAAUAAACAAAUGGAAAUCUG